GCCAGAGGCAGCGUGACUGCACGCGCCAGUGCUGCGAUCGCGGCGGAGGAUAGCGCUGCCCGUGCCCAGCCUCGUCGUCGUCGUCGUCGUCGUCGUCGUCGUCGUCGUCGUGGUCGCAGAGAGCGAGAGAUAGUGCGAGGGACAGUGCGCGAGUGCGAGAGAGCGAGGGGCGCGCGGGCGUCCAUGUCGCAGGCGGCCGCGCCAUGCUUCCCCGGCUGGCCCUGCUGCCGCCGCUGCCGCCGCUGCCGCCGCUGCUGCUGCUGCUGCUGCUGCUGCUGCUGAGGGCCGCGGGCCGCGCGGACGCCUGCCCGAGCGCCUGCAGCUGCAAGUGGAAGGCCGGCAAGGAGUGGGUGGAGUGCGCGGCCCGGGGCCUGCAGGGCCUGCCGCAGGGCGCGCGCGAGGAGACGCAGGUGCUCGACCUCUCGGGCAACCAGCUGUUCAGCCUCGAGGCCGAGGGCUUCCUCGCGCUGCGGCUGGUCAACCUGCAGCGGCUCUACCUGGCGCGCUCGCGGCUGCGCUCGGUCGCGCGGCUCGCGCUCAGCGGCCUGCAGGGCCUCGUCGAGCUCGACCUGGCGGACAACGAGCUCGAGCAGCCGCCCACGGAGAGCUUCGCCUCGGUGCCGAACCUCAUGCGGCUCGGCCUCGCCGGCAACCCCCUCGGCGAGCUGCGCCGCGAGGCCUUCCGCCAGCUGGCCCAGCUGACCUUCCUCGACCUGAGCAGGUGCCGGCUGGCGCGCCUCGAGGCCGGCGCGUUCGCCGGGCUGCACGCGCUCGAGUGGCUCAAGCUGCAGGACAACCUGCUGCGGCAGGUGCCGCCCGCGACGCUGCCGACGAGCGCGGGCCUGCACGGGCUGCCGCUCCACGGCAACCCCUGGCUCUGCGACUGCGAGCUGGCGGCGCUGCGCGACUGGCUGGUCGCCUCGCAGGCCCAGGCGCCCCAGGACGCGGAGCCGAGCUGCCAGGGGCCGGAGCGGCUGCGCGCCCGGCCCGUGCGCCUGCUCAAGCCCCAGGAGCUCGCCUGCCUGCCGAGCGUGCGGCUGCCCGCCAGCCCGCUCGACGUCUACGAGGGCGACAACGUCACGCUGCUCUGCGAGGUGCAGGCCGUGCCCCAGGCCGCGGCCGGCUGGCUCGUCAACGGGCGCAGCCUCGACCUGGACGCCGAGCCGGAGCCCAGCGAGCUGCCGCGGAGAGUCAGGUACAGCUACGUCGAGCAGAGCAGCGAGAACAAGAUCAGCGCCAGCCUGGAGAUACUCGAAGUGGAGAGCGUGGACGAGGGCAGCUACGUCUGCCAGGCGGAGAACGCGGCGGGCAGCGCCCGGGGCAACCUGACGCUGCGCGUGCUGCGGCGCGAGCGCAGCACCGUCGAGCCGCCGGCCGAGAGCCCCGGGGCCGGCUACGCGGCGGCCAUAGCCGCGGGCGCCCUCCUCGGCACGCUCCUCGCCCUGGGCUGCCUCUUCCUCGGCAUCUUCCUCUACGCGCGCCGGCUGCGCAGCCACUCGAAGAGCAACCUCAAGCAGCCCUCGACGGCCGGCAGCAGCGUGGUGCCGCCCUCUAUCCUGAAGAAGCCCAGCGGCGACAAGCCGAGCAAGCCGGCCUGCGAGCCCGAGGGCGCCACGAGCGCCUACGCGCCGGCCUCCGCGGCCGCGGUCCUCAUGCCCACCGCCAGCGGGCGGCUCGAGCAGCCCGGCUACGGGCCCGCCGCGGCCGAGCUCAACGAGUUCGGCGAGCUCAGCGAGGUGCUCUACCUGCAGCAGCGCCGCUUCAUCGAGCCCGACCUGAUCAACGAGGUGCCCCAGGUCGAGAGCGGCCUGCCGGGCGGCUACCUCGAGCCCAGCUACCGGCGCGCCUGCCUCGACAGCGCCUACUCCAACUGCCUGGACCGCGACGGCUACCCGCUCAACUUCGGCCUGCCCAAGCUGGGCCCCGUGACGCCGCAGCAGCGCGGCAGCGCCACCUGCAGCGAGACCCUGCCGCGCAUCAGGCAGCGCCAGCAGCUCAUGCUCUCGGGCUCGGCGGCCGUGCCGACGAUCCGGCUGUCGCGCGAGGCCGAGUUCCUGGCGCGCGCCGCCGGCUACCCCUGCCCCGGCAACCAGCCGGUCCUCGAGAUCGGCUACGCGGCCCUGGUCCAGCCGACGCCGUUCAUACCCUCGCCGCCGGCGGCCUACCGCAGCGAGCCCGCGGCCCUCUCGCCGCGCUCGCUCCUCCAGGCCAAGACGCAGCUAGAGGGCGCCGUCGGCGGCGCGUGCCCGAGCAACGCGCCGCCGGCGCUGAUGCAGCUGCCCCACCCGCGGCACCCGCAGCACCAGCAGCACCAGCCGCACCAGCCGCACCAGGCCCCGCUGGACCCGUCCGAGAACCGCGAGGGCAUCGAGCACCCGGAGAGCCCGGACGAGGGCUACGUCGGCGACGCCAUGGACGUCUGAGCCCGAUGAUCCUCUGCGGCCGCCGGCCGCCCUCCCUCCUAGCUCUCUCUUUCUCGUCUCGUCCGUACCGCGCUAGCACCUCUUGCGACAUGCAGUUGACAUCGGGGCGCGGCCCCUAGUCUCACCUGCUCACACGGGACGAAGCGUCGCUCUCGCACACCUGCGCACCGCAUCUUAAGUAGAGUACCUCUCGUGAUUUUGACCACGCGAAAUUGCAAGUUAUGCGCGCGGGGAAAAUCCUCGCGGGGUUCGGAGGUGAGAAAUUUUCUAAAUCGAUGUGCUGCACAGCCCCUGCACGUAAUGCGUGUACACACACACACACACGCGCACACACACACACACACACAGGCCGCGAGUCCCGCGUGGAUUCAUAGCCGUGUACGCGUAUUCCUUCUGGGACUAGCCUCUCGCGCGGAAGUUAGGAGGCCCUUUUAUUUCGUUACUAAUGCCGCUCUCUCAGCUCAUAAAUCUGCCCGUAAACACAAAGUACAAUUUGCAUAACGAAGUAGCUGAUUAUAGCGUAGAAUGUAUGUAUGUUGUAUCUACUCUGGAUUUGUCCAAAAGACUCCUGCGUUCUCGCUGUACAAGUACUAUAAGCGAACACAGACUUGGGUGCAAUUUCGCGUGGGAUCAAAAUUUACAUUAUACACACACAAGGACGCGCGCGCGCGCGACACACAUUCUUAUAUAACUUAUAUAAUAUGAUAUCGCCGCCCGGACAUAAUUAGCCGCUAAUUGAAACCCGCGCAUCCUUUUUAUACCGACGACAUAAUGACGAUCGCAUAGUACGUCCCGCUUAAUAUAUGCAUACGCGAACUUGUUAUAACUGAAUGUAGUCAAUCACCGCUCGCCGAUAAGCAACCGGCAUGAUAAUUUUGCAUUCCGGAGCGAAACGCAGGAGUAGCGAGAGCUGACGCUUCGCCCCUAUAGUUUUCAGCUACUGCAGUGGAUAAACGAAAGCGCGCGCGUGCGCUUUGACGUAUAGCGACUCAAUAUUACUUAUUACUGGUGUGUGUGUGUGUGUGUGUGUGUGUGUGUGUGUGUGUGUGGUGCGCGAGCGAAUGAGCAGAGAGCGUCGCAUUUUUUUCAAGAGGUUUUCUAUGUACGAGCUGAAGUUUUCUAGUCUUUUUACGGCAGUUAUUACUUACGGCGGUAUAUAGAAGUGCGUAUAACCGAUAUAUGCGACACACGUAUGAAAUAUAUCUAGAAAAGCAGUGGACGGCACACAGCGAACAAUAAAGGGGCGCGUGUGUGUGGAGAGCGGAAGUAACGGCAGGAUAGUAAAAGUGCUCUAAACUGUAUGGUACGGCGGGGCGAAAGUAUUGUGUCGCCGAUGAUGAACUGUCCGCGCGAGUAACCGCGUCACGCCGCACGUAUGCAGUACUUAUUGCAGAGAGAAGGAAUGAGAGUAUGUAUGUUUACGUCGAGCAUAAGCAGCGGAGGCGAUAUUAAACGUAAAAGUAUAAUACAGGGUGUUCUUCAGUAUAUAUACAGCGCGACGCGGAUACGACCGAGAUUUCCGGGUCGCGGUGUAUCUCGCAAAUCCACAUAAAACACAUAGAAAGGUAAAUUGUAUGCGCAUACGAAAUGAUAAGGGUACAAGAGAGAGAGAGAGAGAGAGAGAGAGAGAGAGAGAGAGAGAGAGAGAGAGAGAGAGAGAGAGAGCGCGAGAGGGAGAAGCCACAGAGAGGCGAGAGAGUGAAAACCAUGUUUUUAAUGUGCGACUGGCGCGGAUAUAAAUUAAUGAAUACGUGAUAAUGGGUGUGUAUAAAAACAGGCGCACGCGCAUAUUCGCGAUACGCGUAUGCACGUGCGCGCACGCGGUAGCUCGUAGCAGUAGUAGUUUGUAGGUCAAGCACCAAAGAGUGAGACAAGUGUGAUUCUCAACCAAAGUGCACAAGCCGCGGGGAAUAAUAACGCAAUUUCGAAAAUUAAAAACUUGAUGGCCCUUCAUUUCCGUAUACUUGGCUGUCUGUAAUUCUAUGGUAUUCCGAUUGUUUGUUUGUUUUUCGUCUCGCUCUGUAUACUCAUCGCCGUGGUAUUCCUGACGAUUUAAAUCUGUUUUCGAGCCUCUUUUCAAUCCACAUUCAACACACACACACACACACACGCGCGCGCGCGAUGAAUUGAAUUCAUCAUCGCACAGGGAUGAGUCGCCGUCAGUAUGGUUGCGCGCAAUAUUGGCAACUUUAUGACAAAAAAAGAAUUGAUCGUUAUAUUUUUACUCCGACAAUUAAUGACGCUUUCAACGAAUCCCGCGCGCGACAAAAGAGAUUUAAAAACUGCAUAUAGUAUAGCCGCACCCGACAAUUUCUGACACGUCUUCUGCGUCGGGCAAUAUAUGAAACGCGCUUUCACCGCGUAUCGGGCCGACUUUUAAUUUCAUUAUACGUCGUCACACGCACGGCUACCGAAAAUCUAUUGGCCACUUCAAAGAGAAUAUUCGCUGCAGCGAGCAGAGACGACGAACGAAGCACAUUUUUUGACAGCAAAGCCUCCGAGCAACGCGACGAACCCAAGGCGGACAUUUUUGAAUAAAAAUAUAUGCGAUAUCGUUUUUUUCUGAUCGUAAGGUAUAUUAGGUCGACCAAUUUUUUACACGCGGCCAAUGCGCAGUAAUGAAAGUAUUUUAAGGCGCAGAAAAGUUAACUAUAUAUUUGCCGAAGAAAUUAGCUUAUUUUAACUAAUUUCGCCGCGCCAAUUAGCUAACUUUUCUAACUAAAUUUAUCUUCAGCUACUUUCGAGUAAAGCAGAUCUACGGGAAAAUACUAACUUUGUGAGUGUGCGAGACUUUAGCUUAAAUUCCGCGUAAAUAAUAUUCAAAGUUCUCCCAGUCGACUCAGGAAGGACUAGAUUACUCGUUUAUCGAUUAACGCUACGUAGCUAUAUUGUGAUGAAAUAUGGCGCUCGAUCGAGUGCGAAGUUCCGCAAAAUCACCUCGAAAAAGUUGGAAAGCGCGCGGCAUACAUAAAUACAACCAUACCGCCCGCAUUCGACGACUCACCCCCGCCAUUCUUCGCGAGAGAAUUGUAAAGAGAUUCUCGUACACUUGCGUUGAUUCCUUCUUAAAAGUAUAAACAACGUUAUCGUUCGCGAAAGCGAACCCAAGUCAACACGUGCCAACGCAGUAGAUUCGAGGCAUGCUUGCAAUCAGAAAAAUUCAACUGAUUAUCAUAGAAAAUAAAUGUUCAGAACGUGCCGAAAUACUUAACAACGAGACACCGAAUUCCCAUAACCGACGAGAGACAAUAUUUUUCCAAUGAAAAAAAUUCAGCAUCUAUUUUUUAUCGAUAUGAGCUUCGAAAAUUUGAUUGCCAAGAAAACAGAUUUAAAUUCUCAGAAACAACAUCAUGAUUGAGGUUUUUUAUACCAUUAUUACGAACUCUGAAAUAUACGAAAUGCGCGUACCGAUACCGCAUAUACGGUAUCAGUACUACAAUUGUGAUGUAAUAAUGGAUACGUGAAGCCACACGAAACGAACGAAAUUUCAUAAUAAUACAUGCUAUGGAAAUUAUCUCGUAACUUAUUGAGCUUAAUUAUAAUCAAUUAAUUAUACAGAAAAAAUCUGACACAUUUCCCCAAUCGAUGACUUCGUACCAACAAUCGAAUCAUAUAUAGAAACCAUUUAUUGUAUAAUCGACGUUUUAGAUGACAAUUUAACAAUGUUUUACCUAUAUGUUUUAUAUCACCAAUUAUUGUAGUGAAACUUCAAGCGAGUUUGAUUUCUGAAUACAUUAUUAUUAUUAUGAACUUAUAAUGCGAAGAACUUUUAUAAUACUCCUCGAAAUGAGUUGUUCAAAGGAUUUCAAUAAAACAAAAUAAAUUGCGUCGCACUCGACUUUAUGUGCGUGUAUUUUGUGCAAUGAUAAAAAAUUAGAAAAUAUAAAUCGUACGAAAUUAAAAAGAUGUUGCUUUUGAAUCAUCAUAUCGUCGCUCCCUACGAAGACUAGCAUAGUUCAAAUUUUCAAACGAAAACUAGCACAGCUCACGAUUUGCCGCCAAUAGUAGCACAAUUCGCGACUUUAUAUUACUUAAAAUGUGAGGAUUUUACGUUUUUAUUGGGUUAUUUGGUUGGUUAAGUUCAUGAAAACCUUGGACAAAGACCGGCAAACUUCGGAGUUUUAAAAAGUUGCGGAAAUUUCUAAAAAAGGUGAACAAUUAAAAAAAAUUAUUGUAUUUGGGAAAACCUGAUAAAUUAUGAAUAUUUAAAAAUGUGCAUUAGGAACAGUUUCGCAAAAAUCGGAACAUUUUUAUAGAAAUUGGUUGUUUAAAGUUUGAGUUGUGCUAGUUUAAUCUAGCGUGCGUCAAAUGAGUUGUGCUACUUAUGACGGGAAAUUUGAACAGUGCUAGCCUUUGUAGGGAGCGACGAUAUAGGGUAAAAUAUAAAAGCAGCGAGUUUAUACACUAUACAUGACAUGCGCGAAAAGUAUAAUUGCGCCGCUUGUUAAUUUUGACGCCUAAAUACCCGCGGCCUCUUCGAAACUGGUGUUCGUUAGAUCAUCGUUCAAAAUACUAGCUAACGGCAGUACCUCUCUAAUAAGAUGAAGAUAAAAAAUCCUUUUCCUAUAUACAUUGUUUGGAAAAAAAAGAUUGAAAAAAUUGUUCACGACUGCGUCUGUCCUUGCUGAAAAUGUCGGAUUGGCUCUUGAAAAAUCCAAUCGGAGUAUACCUCUAUAAAAUGUUAUUCAAAUAAUAAAUUUUGGGGAUUCUCGAUUGAUUAACAUCGGAAUCUCCUCGUCAUCGAAUUCUCAAGCUUUAUUAAAAUUGAUAAGCAAUAAUAUUUUUUAUAUACAUCGUUAAAAUAUUUUUAUAGAAGUUAUUUCAGAGAUACGAAAUACUGGAAUACACUUUUGAACGGAAUACCGUGCAUGAGUUUGAGAUAGAAAUUUUAAUUCCGACAGUCAGAAAUUGAAUCAGUACAUUUAGCCAUCAAAGUAAGCUUUGGUAAGCUUGCAAAUUCCCGCUCUGCUGAAGUAUGUAUGGACACGCUAGUUGAAAUUGUCGAAUUGUCUUUUUGUCGUAUUUUUAAAUUGAGUUUGACAGUCAAAUAAGGGCAGUGUACAUAAAUCAAUGGUUGUAAAAAUACAUGUUUUCAGCAAGGACGAUCGAUCGACAAUUUGUUAAAGAUAUAUAAUUGCCCAAAGAUUUGAACAAGAAUUUUCCGGCUGAAAGUUUCUGUUUGAAUUUUCAUCAUUAAUGAAAAGUGUUAAGAAGACGAACGAAUAUUCAUAUGUAAAAUAACAAAUAUCUAUUUUACAUGGUCGAUUGUAAUGCUCACCUUAUACUCCCGUAUUAUUUUUACUUCGAAAUGUAAUCGAACUUUUAAAUAGAACAGUCUUGUUUAAAUCUUCAUGUAAUUGUAAAAUUGACACAGCGAAUUAAAAGAUGAUUAAUUUUAUCAUUAUUAGUUCAUUAUCGUCGGCGUGCUCUACUUUCCGUUCGGAAAUAAUUCAAGACUGUUGAAAAAUCCUACAUUUCAUACGUGACGUUCGCUGAAUUUGCGAAAUGAAAAAUUCUUUCAUUUUUUCGCUUUUCAAAAAGAGAAGCUCACCUUCCAUUAUACUUUAUUAGAGCACUAUUUCACGUUUACUUCGGAUAUAAAAGGAACUUUCAAUAUCCUACAGAUUAACGAAUCGUUUGAAUCAUCUUCACACGAGAAAAAAAGGUUGUUUAAAUGGAACAUUGUACAAAAAUCAUGUAAUAAAAUAAAGUGAAAAAUGUUAGUACCUAGUCACAAAAAUAUAAUAUAAAAAAAUAAAAACAAAUAAAUAAAAAGAUAAGUAGACAUGACGUUUUUUUAAAUCGAUGAAUACAAGCAAUUGUGGAAUACUGAUUAUUAUUCAGUAUAAUUAUGACUUAGCCAAUGUAUGGGCUUUUGAUUCGCACAACUUUGAAUAAGGUUACAAAGUUUAAAGGGAUAACCAGAUAAAUGUAAUUAUAUAACAUACAGUAUUAUGUACAAUACAUUUUUUAUAUAUCAUAUUGUUAACUCUAUAAUAAUAAGUUUGUCAACUUAACAAAUUUUGUUACAUAUAAGCAUAUUAUUCUAUAUUAUAUAAUUAUAUUAUUGUAACGUAUAAUUUUAUUAUGCACAACAAAUUUGUUAAGGAUUAGCAGAAAUAAAAAUACAAAAUCUA